AUGACGGCUGUUCAGCUUGUAUUUUUUGGUGUCGGUCUGACUCACUUGUCAAAACGGGCUUACUCUGACAACGGUUACUUCUCCUUCCUGAGCUCAGAUACGCAGAGGAUCCUCGACAGGAUGGACGACAGCGAGACUUACAUGAAUAUGAAACGCACAUAUACUGGCUCAGGGGCACCUUCCCGAGACGAUCUGACCUGCACCGACACCGAUCUGAACAUUCGGAAAGUCGAACGCCUCACCAAUAGACAAGCAGAUUAUCUGGACCCCACCUACUCUCAGCUGAACUUUCACCAAAAUGAAAUUCCCAUCGCUAAGGAAGAAAAUCCUCCUCUGGCGCCGAGACCAGGAGAAAUGCCAACGACUGCUCAGGCAGAUGAUCUGGACCCCACCUACUCGCGGCUGAACCUUCUCCAAAAUGAGCUUCCCAUCGCUAACGAAGAAGAUCCUCCUAUUGCGUCUGGACCAGGAGAAAUGUCACACGCAGGUCCGCAUAAACAGGAGCCGAACGACAACAUCGGAAAUGGACCGGACCGUAAGAUGUCGCUACUCAGCAUGGUUACGUCCGUCCUCUUCCUGACCGUGGUCGGGCUGUCGAUCCAUGUAUCACAGAUUCGUCAGUCUAAGGUCACCUGCAACCGAACCGAUAAUGAAUUAAAUUCAACCCUUCAAUCCAUGGUUUCGGCGCUCAAUUCUAAUCUGUCUGUUCUUAAACAAAAACACAGUGAUCUCCGUCACCAGGAAGUGGCCUUAAAUGUCGUGUACAAGGUGAACGCUGGGAAGUCCGAAUGCGGUAAAUGUAACUCCAGUUGCAAAAAUGAUCAGUACCGUUUCAUCUGUGAGAAGUCUGCACCUUUCUGCCCGGAUAUUUCUGAAAAGAUCCGAAAUCUCUGUCAACAGCCCAUGGAGCCGACUUGA